AUGGGUGCGCUUCUUUCCAUCCCGAUGCUGGUCGUGCCCAGCGCCGGCACUAUGUUCUCUGUCGCAGCUUCUUGCUGCGGUGCAGCGACAUGUUCUGCUGUGUGUAGCGCAUGUGGCAAGUUCCAAAGCAGCAUCGCAACGAGAAUCGCAUACGCCUUUAUUCUACUCAUCAACUCGAUCAUUUCGUGGAUUAUGCUCACGCCAUGGGCACUCGAAAAGCUAGAACAUCUCACAAUGGAUUACAUGAAGAUUCGAUGCGAUGGAAAGGAAUGUCAUGGCUGGGUCGCAGUCCACCGUAUCAACUUUGGUCUCGGCCUUUUCCACUUACUCCUCUCUCUUCUACUUCUCGGCGUGAGAUCAUCGAAAGAUGGCAGAGCCAUGCUGCAGAAUGGUUUCUGGGGGCCGAAGGUUCUUGUCUGGAUUGGCUUUGUCGUAAUGUCAUUCUUCAUUCCAGAAUCCUUCUUCUUCGUCUACGGUCAUUACAUCGCCUUCAUCGCUGCUAUGCUCUUCCUUCUCCUCGGCCUCAUCCUGCUGGUCGACCUUGCCCACUCUUGGGCUGAGCUUUGUUUGGAGAAAAUUGAAGAUAGUGACUCUCGCCUCUGGCGUGGACUGUUGAUCGGUUCAACAGUGGGAAUGUACCUCGCAUCGUUUGUCAUGACGAUACUAAUGUACAUCUUCUUCGCCAAGAGCGGAUGCUCGAUGAAUCAAGCCGCAAUCAGCAUUAAUCUUGUUGUGUUCUUGAUCAUCUCCGUCGUUUCGGUUCAGCCUGCAAUUCAAGAAUACAAUUCUCGGGCUGGUUUGGCGCAGGCCGCCAUGGUCACUGUCUACUGCACGUAUUUGACAAUGUCUGCCGUAUCUAUGGAACCUGACGACCGUCAAUGCAACCCGCUUCUUCGCGCACGGAAUACUAGAACAGCCAGCGUUGUCCUUGGCGCUAUUGUCACAAUGGCUACCAUCGCCUAUACUACAACUCGCGCUGCUACACAGGGUAUUGCUUUGGGAUCCAAAGGUGGACACAACUACUCUGCAAUAAGCACAGAGGCAAACGAGCACGGACUUGUCACCCAGCAGCCCUCGACUCGACGUGAGAUGAGGGCCGAGGCUCUCCGUGCUGCCGUCGAAAGUGGUAGUCUUCCCGCCAGUGCUCUGGAUGAGAGUGACGAUGAAGAUGAUGAAUACGACACCAAGGAUGAUGAGCGCGGCUCAACCCAAUACAACUACUCUCUGUUCCAUAUCAUCUUCUUCUUGGCUACAACAUGGGUGGCCACACUACUCACUCAACAAUUGGAUCCUGAGACUGAAGGUAAUUUUGCAUCAGUUGGCCGGACCUACUGGGCUAGCUGGGUCAAGAUUAUUAGUGCCUGGGUCUGCUAUGCUAUAUAUUUGUGGACACUCGUAGCUCCGACGAUGAUGCCCGAGCGAUUUGAUUAUUAG